GAGUGGAGUGAGCGAGCCGAGUGGUUGUGUGGUACCUUGUCGGAAACUGGUAGCACUUGCAGCAUGACUGACCAAUUGACUGAAGAGCAGAUUGCAGAAUUCAAAGAAGCUUUUUCGCUAUUUGACAAGGAUGGUGAUGGAACUAUAACAACAAAGGAAUUGGGAACUGUAAUGAGGUCUCUUGGGCAGAAUCCCACAGAAGCAGAGUUACAGGACAUGAUUAAUGAAGUAGAUGCUGAUGGUAAUGGCACAAUUGACUUCCCUGAAUUUCUGACAAUGAUGGCAAGAAAAAUGAAAGACACAGACAGUGAAGAAGAAAUUAGAGAAGCAUUCCAUGUGUUUGAUAAGGAUGGCAAUGGCUGUAUUAGUGCAGCAGAACUUCGCAAUCUGAUGACAAACCUUGGAGAAAAGUUAACAGAUGAAGAAGUUGAUGAAAUGAUCAGGGAAGCAGAUAUUGAUGGUCAAGUAAACUAUGAAGAGUUUGUACAAAUGAUGACAGCAAAGUGAAGACCAUUGUACAGAAUGUGUUAAAUUUCUUGUACAAAAUUGUUUAUUUGCCUUUUCGUUGUUUAUAACUUAUCUGUAAAAGGUUUCUCCCUCCUGUCAAAAAGAUAUGCAUGUAUAGUAAUUAGGACUCAUUCCUCCAUGUUUUCUUCCUUAUCUUACUGUCAUUGUCCUGAGACCUUAUUUUAGAAAAUUGAUCAAGUAACAUGUUGCAUGUGGCUUACUCUGGAUAUAUCUAAGCCCUUCUGCACAUCUAAACUUAGAUGGAGU